UUUACUCUACAGUUGGAAAAAAUGAAGGAAGAAAUGAGACGCCGCCACACGCCUCAUAUCUGGGAUUUUAUUUGGAGUUGUUCAAUUCCUUCCCUCGUCCUCGAGGGCUCGACGCCUACCCUUCCGGCCUUUUACCCACCCUGAUCCUGAAUACUGAUCCUCUCAAUUCAGGACCUGCAACUCACUGAGUGCUAUUAUUCUACUACUCUUAAGUACCUAUGGUACUAUACACCAUACAUCUCUGAAAAUGUCAGUUGUUGAGGCUAACAGGCGGUCUCCUUCUAGCUACGAUCAGAAGAGCUCUUCUUCUUCCUGGAAGAACAGCAACUCCUUCCCUCCUUCCCACCAAGACAAGCACAAAUUAGAGGAAAGUGAUGAAGAUCUGUUUACGGUUCCCGACGUUGAAGAAGUUCGGCCCAGUGACUCCACCAGAACCACAGCUGACGUCCAACACGGUAAUAGCACUACCCCUCUUCCCUCCAAGCGUCGCAGGGGUAGGAAUCCUGCUGAUCGGGAGCACCGACGCCUAAAGAGGUUGUUGAGGAACAGGGUCUCUGCCCAGCAAGCCCGAGAAAGAAAGAAAAUCUAUGUCAAUGAUUUGGAAUCAAAAGCUAAAGAGUUACAGGACAUGAAUUCUGAAAUGGAGGAGAAGAUCUCCACUUUGACCAAUGAAAAUGCCAUGCUUCGGAAGGUCCUCAUGAACACCAGGCCAAAAGUUGAUGAAAGUAUUGAGCCGAAACAUGAUCUGGUGGGGAAGAGCUGACUAGCAUUCUUCAUGUUUAUAUUAAAGUUUAUGGAGUCAUAUUCUGUGGCAGGCCCUUAUUGUUAAAAUGGUGACAGUGGACUGUCAGUCCCCAUCAUUCAUUCAUGUCAUAUACUUAAAUACGACUUAGAUAAUUUGAUUUGGCACCAAAUAGUGAAGUUAUAAAUUUAUGGUAAUAAGACUGGGUUUUGCAGUUGCUGCUGUA